AUGUUCUACUUCUCUGAACACCGCUACCUCGGCAACACAAUUCAACUACCUGAUCACGACAGCGCUGGAGACCAUGCAGCGGCCAACAAUCCCUUUACUUUGCAGAAUGGGCUUGUGGUCACAUACGGAGAUAUCAAUGCGCUUUCUGGAGACUAUUUUGGAUUGAUGACUCCCAUCUCCAGGGGCGCUACACUAAAAGACCGCAUUGAUCGUUUCCAGCAGAGCUUCGAUCUAUUGAAUGUAGGGGAGGUUGGCAAACAAAGGGCAGAAGCCGUGAUUGCAAAACUGAAGGUUCUUAUGGCUGCAGUGGACGACGCCAUCGAACAUGACCCAAAGGCAGUUCACAAAGCUUACCAAGACCACCCCCUGGACAUUGACGCACUCAAACAGGUCACAGUCGCCUAUAAGGCCGGGGCUGAUUUUGAUACCCUUGCGCUCCACAACAUCGACCACUUUGGACCUGAAGCUCGUUUGACUUACAAUGCUGGUCACGCCCUAGCUCUUCAAGUAGCUGCACAAGGUGACCUUCAAAAGGCAUAUGCUAUUAACGCCUUUGCAGACCACUUCCUGCAGGACUCAUUUGCAGCUGGCCAUGUUCGAGUCCCGCGAAAUGCUCUCUACUCCCUCGACGUCAAGGUCGACUUUUCAAUCAGUUUUUUGAAGGCGAUUGCAUCAAAUAUCAUGCAUGAUGAGGAUGGCAAUCUGGGACUAAAUGUCCAAAACCCGGCUGGAGAGAAAUGGAAGAUCUAUGGGGAUACCAAGCUCUUUGACCCAGCAAACAGCAAUAAUCUUCGCAUCUGCACCGAAGCUAUCAAAGUAUCAGUCCAAGAGGUACAUGAUGCAUACAAGCUCCGCAAAGUCAUUGAUGAAUCACAAUUCGGCGCGUGGAAACUGGCUCCAAUUCUAGAGCUUGUCUCAUCGCAUCCAGAGAAUCAUCUUCCACUUCUAUUUGUCAAGUCGGAUGGUAAGAUCUAUAAGCGAAACGGAAAUCCUGGGGAGGGAGUGUUGUUGGAUACCGUCUGGGAUUAUGUGGGGUUUUUGCUUGAGAAUGUGAACAUGCUUGAAAAACAGAUCCAGCUACAAUUUCAGAAGAUUAUUGGCAACAAUCUGGGCUCACUGGUGGGUGGUCUAUCAAAUGGUCAGAUAGCGCAUUGA